AUGUAUACCGCUUGUGUGUACGAGGGCGAAAGGGACGAGAAGGGCGCUCGGCACGGCAGCGGGAAGGCUUUGCUGCCGAACGGCGACGUUUACGUCGGCCGAUAUCGUGACGGUCUUAGGCAUGGCAAGGGUGUCUACGCGUUCAAAAAUGGGGCUCGCUAUAACGGUGACUGGAGGCAGGGAUACAAAUACGGUCAAGGGGUCUUUUGGUACCCUGACGGAACGCGAUACGAAGGAGAAUGGAAGCGCGACGCGAAACACGGCUUCGGCGUUUAUUUUUACGCGAACAAUGACAUCUACGAGGGCUCAUGGAAGGAGGAUCUUCGUCACGGUGCGGGAACGUAUCUUUACGCCGACACGGGAACGAAGUUUAUGGGCACGUGGAUGAAGGACCGCAUGGAAGGACCCGGCCAACUCGUUCACCCACGCCACCGUUUCCACGGUUCCUGGAGGUCGAAUCUGCCGUACGGACGCGGAUGCUUCAUUUUCGAGAACACGUGCAUGCAGCACGGUCAUUAUGUACACGCGAGUCCUGUGCAUUACGACGCGGCUUCGAUUCCCGCUGAGUAUAAAGUCGUCACGGAAGCGGGGGAGGAGGCGCAGGAGGGCGAGAAGCCGGAGGCUACCACGGAAGCGGCGUCUUCGCCGGGGACAGACGUUCUACCGGUGUGGCGCGCGCGUUGUAUCACGUCCUACGAUCCCGAAUUAUUGCCGCCGGAAGCAGAAGCCUUGCGGGAGGAGGCGUCGACGGAAUCUACGAUCGAAAAGAGCGAGGAAGAGGUUUCGCUGAAAGUCGAGCCUUAUCAGGAUAUUCAGGAAUAUCUGGAGGAAGAGUAUCGCGAAGAAUACCCUUACGAGAAGGUGUCGCACGAGACUUACGUCUUUACAGGAUAGACGCACGUCGG